CGCAGCAGCAGUGGGCGCAGCUAGCGGGUCAGCUGCGGAGCGGGGGUGCAGCGCGCUUUGCCCCCCGUACCCCUCCCCCUCGGACGCAGCCCCACCCCUCUGCCCGCCGGGCCGUCCCAGCCGAACUAUCCCCUGCGGCGCCAGCGCGGGGCGGCUCCGGGCGCCCCCAGCAGACCCCCAUCAUGGGCAGCCAGAGCUCCAAGGCUCCCCGGGGCGACGUGACCGCCGAGGAGGCAGCGGGCGCUUCCCCCGCGAAGGCCAACGGACAGGAGAAUGGCCACGUGAAAAGCAAUGGAGACUUAACCCCCAAGGGUGAAGGGGAGUCACCACCCGUGAACGGAGCAGAUGAGGCAGCUGGGGCUACUGGUGAUGCCAUCGAGCCAGCGCCCCCUAGCCAGGAAGCUGAGGCCAAGGGGGAGGUCGCCCCCAAGGAGACCCCCAAGAAGAAGAAGAAAUUCUCUUUCAAGAAGCCUUUCAAAUUGAGUGGCCUGUCCUUCAAGAGAAAUCGGAAGGAGGGUGGGGGUGAUUCUUCAGCCUCCUCACCAACAGAGGAAGAGCAAGAGCAGGGGGAAAUCAGCGCCUGCAGUGAUGAGGGCACUGCCCAAGAAGGGAAGGCUGCUGCCACCCCUGAGAGCCAAGAGCCCCAGGCCAAGGGGGCAGAGGCCAGUGCUGUCUCCAAGGGAGGAGACGCGGAAGAAGAGGCAGGGCCCCAGGCUGCAGAGCCAUCCACUCCCUCGGGCCCAGAGAGUGGCCCCGCAUCUGCCAGUGCUGAGAAUGAGUAGCUGGGCGGGGGCUGGUGGGUGAUCUCUAAGCUGCAAAAACUGUGCUGUCCUUGUGAGGUCACCAUCUGGACCUUGUGCCCUGGCUGCCUUCCUGUGCCCAGAAAGGAAGGGGCUUGUUGCCCCGUCCCAGCCACGCUCCCUCUUCUCCCUCCUGUGGAUUCUCCCAUCAGCCAUUUGGUCUUACUAUUAGGCCAGUUGAAGAUGGUCCCUUACGGUUCCCAAGUUAGGUUAGUGAUGUGAAAUGCUCCUGCCUCUCUCCUUCCCAAGCCCCAUCCCCGCUGAAGGCAACUGCUGGGUUUCCAAUUCUUUUCCAAGUUCGUUUUGUUUAUCCUGCUUCUCAAGCCCCUGAGCCAGAAGUGGGGCUUACACUCCCAAACCCCGAGCGUCCAGCCUUUCCCUUGUUGAAUUCUUAGUCUCUUGUGCUGUGCCCUGUGGCACCUGGGCUGGGGAGGGCAUUGCCCCUGUCUGGGUUUUUAUAAAUGUCUUACUCAAGUUCAAACCUCCAGCUUGUGAAAUCACCGUGUCUCUGACUUGAUAAGCAAGUAUUAGGCUUCAGGCGGGAGGGAGGUCUGUAAUGUGAAACAACUCCUUGUUGUCUUUCCCCCCUCCCAUUGUUGUAAAUAACUUUUAAUGGCCAAACCCCAGAUUUGUACUUUUUUUUUCUAACUGCUAAAACCAUUCUUCCACCUGGAUUUACUGUAACAUUUGGAAAAGGAAUAAAUGUUGUCCCUUUA